CCAUUUAUACUCUUUAAACUCUUCCUUUCUCUUCGUCUAACAACAACGUUUGUUUUUUUUGUUUUUGAUUUUGUUUCUGUUUCUCAUUCAACUUCUCCUCCUCUGUUUCACAUUGUUCUGUUUUGUUUUUUUGAAGAAGAGAAAGAUAUGUCUAUGAUGAUGAGAUUGCAAUGUUUUCAAUCUCUUCACCCCUUUUCCUAAAAAGGGUUGUUUUGAUUUCAGGUUAAAGCAAACAUUGUUGAAAGUUUGAAGAAAAAACCAAGAAGAACAAAGAAGAAAAAAUAAAGUAGUAAUAAAAAUGGCAUCUUCUGAAGUUGAAAUUGCGUCUUCUUCUCCAUUUGGUUGUGUUUUAAGGGACCGUAAUCAUCGUGAUGGAUGCAGAGAAAGUAAUAAAGUUAAAACUACACAUGCUGCUUUUCAAAGGAACAUUAAGAAUUUUGUCAUGGAUCAUCUUAACACGUGCAUGUCCAUGUCUUCUGAUUCUGCUACAACAAAUGAAAACAACGUCAACAAUAACAAUGAGGAUCAAAUGAGUAACAACAACAAUGAUUCUUGUUGGGUUUCGAAAGCUAGCAAUAAUCUUGCAGGGCUUCGUUUGUCAAAAUACAAUCUUAACAAUGACAAUAACAUCAUUAACAAGGAUGAUAAAGAUGAAUCAUCCUUGGCUUCUUUGAUUAGCCCGAGACAUUCACGCCUUCUUGAUCGGUGGGCUGCGAGGCAAGCUCGUGAGAUGGUGUCGACGUUGGAGAAUGAAGCUGAGUUAUUGUCUAUUGACAAUAACACCAACAACAACAUGCCUUCAUUUGCAAGGACAUCUAGUUCUAUCUCGGAUGAAUGUUCUUCGGAGAUAUCGAACCUUGGUGCGUCUUCCCUUGUUCAGAUAUGGGAAAAGAGGCUUAACAAAUCAAGUGGAUCCAAACCCAACAUCCCACUUGAGAAAACAAGUUCAAAUGGAAGUACAAUUGCAACUUGCAAUAAUGAGAAUGUGUUUGUUGUAGUGGAAGAACAAAGAGGGUCGGAACUAGGAGAGUGUUUAGAAGGACAGUUAUCAGGGAACGAAGAAACAUUUUCUUCGUUCCCUGAUUGGGAGUCUGAUAAGACUUGUGAUCAAAGUAGGUGGUGUUCUUCUGAGAGUGAUAGAGUCAGUGUUGCUGAUAUCAUAAAGAGACUCACCGCUACGAGUCAAAGUCAGAGUCCACCUCCAUCUUUUGCUGAUGACAAUGAUCAUGAAGGGUUUGGUAGUAGCAGUGCUGCAAGUUCUCCUUGUAGAGAUUUUGCACCAGAACUUGUUUCAGACCAAAGAGCUUUUCCUCUGGUUACUCGUUCACUGCAACUUCGAGGGCGUCCAGCAUUCAAUGAUUUGCUUAUGCAGUUCGAGAAUGAUAGGCAUGGAGAGCUAAAGAACCUUGCUGAACGAGGAACUGUCUCCAAGUUCUCACAACGAGGUCGCAUUCAGGCAUUACUUCGACUUAAAUUAUUACAACGUAGCAUGGCAGCUAACGUUCUAUCGCACCAGAAAUCAGAAUCAUCUGAAGUAAACAGACAAGUACAACCACAUGGAUCUUCAAUUAUGCAACUAAGGGAAAAAUUUAGCACUGGAGUUGAACAAAGUAGUAGAGUCCAUGCAGAAGUAGCUAACACAAGAAGUCGUCGCAGCGAGAUAUUAAACAACAUCACGCAAUUGGAAAACUCAUCCACUUCAGAUCAAUUCAGUAAAGACACAAGCAGCCAGAUUUCUCAUAGCUCUGCCAGUCACUCCAUAGAAUCAACAAAAAAUUCGGUGUCUCAGACGAGUGAAAAACAUCGUCCAAGUUCAAAUGCCAUGUCCCAAGGAACAUGUUUUGAGGUUCAGCAUGAUUACUCCAAGGAAACUUCUGAGGCAACAACAUCAAUGAUCGACUCAAAUGUUAAUGAGAACGAGGAAGAGGUGAUUAACCAGCAAUAUGAUGAAACAAGUUAUGAUUGUGCAGUAGAAGAGGAGGGAAGUAACCAAAACUAUGCUGAAAGCAGUUCUGAAGAGAUGGAGGAAGAGUUAGAGGAUUAUGAUGAAAGUAGGUAUGACUGGAUCAGCGAAAUUUCCCGGCCGAGGAGUUAUUGGGAAGAGAGGAGGCAAGCUUGGUAUAGAGAGAUGCUUGACACUGGUUAUCCAAAUGAGGAUAUACAGGUUCUUCUUCAAAGACGAACAGUGUCAACUUACCUUUCUAGCGAUUUUCACGAAACAAUGGAUAGAUUGAUGCAAUCUCAUAAGGUAACACAAACACAUUUAGUGAGUAGUCAAGAUAAUGAGGGAGACAAUCAAGGGUUGAUAGCGUUUUUACAAGAACGCCUACAUCCCAAAAUAACUCCUCAAGAAAAUGGAAUAGAGACAAACGAGGAGGAAAGGGUAAAUGGGGAAGAGGAGGAGGAGGAGAAAGAUAAGCAAGAUAAUGAAGAGGAGCAAGAAGGGGAGAGUUUGACAAGUAGUUUGUAUCAUGAAGUUGGAGACUAUUCAAAUCAAUCCUCAUCAUGGAGUUAUAGAGACAAUGAAGCUGCUGAUGAUUUUGAUAGAGUUGCUUCUACAUCUUCACAACCUUUUCAUUCUCCGCCUUUCUAUCGUGAUAAUCAGCGAAACUCUUCAUCCAUCAAUCCUCAUUCAAUUGAAAUGGAACUCAUAUAUGAUUUAAGAGGCCAUAUGGAGCAACUUUAUCAAGAAAUGUCUGAACUAAGGACAUCAAUAAAGAGUUGCUUGGAUAUGCAAAUGCUGAUACAGUUACAACAAUCCAUGAACCAAGAGGCUCAAAAAGUUGAAAAAGAAGAAAAGAAGUCACAUAACAAGGCUGGUAAGAAAGGCGAUUGUUGCAUAUGCUAUGAGAUGAAAGUUGACUCAGUUCUAUACAGGUGUGGACACAUGUGUGCAUGUAUGAAGUGUGCCAGUGAGUUACAAUGUAACAAUGGAAAAUGUCCAAUAUGUCAAUCUAAAAUAGACGAUGUUAUUCGAGUAUACGUUGAUGCUUAGACCAUGGAGGUUGAAAAAGCAUCUUUACUUUAGAGGACCACAUCGUUAGUUCUGAAACUUAGUAAACUACUAAUACAAAUUAACAGUAUACUUGAUUUUCUCCUUUUCACAUAUACUUUUCAAGUAUAUGAUUUUUUUUAGGAGAAAUUCAGUUGACAAAAAUCAUUGUAAAUUUGAUAGUUUUAAUCUAAUUAACCAUUUUUCGUGCUGAUAU